AUGCUGCUGACGAGAAGUCGAUUUGAGCUUCCAAAAAUCCAUGCCCAUUUUAUUGGCGAAUCGAAAAAUCCAGAGAAUUUGGUCACCGAUGGUAUCAAUUUCGCCCGGGAACUCACUGUGCUAGGUGUGGGGAUCUAUAAAGAGGACGCCAUCAUUGUGUACGGUUACCCGUCGGAAUGGCAUGCAAACUCUGCUGGCUUUGGCCUCGAGAAUGCCAUCGUUCUGAACGCGGGUGAUGCGUCAUGA